AUGGGGCACAAUAUUUAUAACAGUCCAGUGGAUUUUCUCCAGGGAUGUCUGAGACCAAUUGUAACUCAAUGUCCAUCAGGUCCUGAAGGGUUUGCUGUUUCUACUGGUUUAUCAAGGUUGAAAGGAGAAAGAGGCUCCCCAAGCCCUCUGGGACCAUAUGGAUCAACAGGAGAUAAGGACCACCCUGGACAACCAGGUCUCAGAGGUCCACCUGGCCUGGAAGGCUGUAAUGGAACUCAAGGAGCUGUUGGAUUUCCAGGCUCUGGGUACCCUGGAAUUUUAGGACCACCUGUUCCAAGAGGUUCUCAUGGAUCUCCUGGAGAUGCAGGACCUAUAGGACCACAAGGCUUACAAGGUCCCCCAGGUCCCUCUGGACUUACUGGGCCCCAGGGAAAUAUGGUAUUCGGUUUCCAAGGAGAAAAGGGAGUCAAGGGGGAUGUUGGCCUCCCUGGCUCUGCAGGACCACCUCCAUCUACUGGGGAACUAGAAUUCAUGGGAUUCCCCAAAGGAAAGAAAGGCUACUAGGGUGAACCAGGAUUCCCAGGAAUGAAGGGCCAUUCAAGUUUCCCGAAGUUUGGAUCUAUUGGAGAAAAAGGAGAAAGGGGAAUCCUUGCUUUGCCAGGACCUAGGGCUCCCAUGGGUUCAGAAGGAAUACAAGGACAUCCUGGGAGAUAGGGAAAGAAGGAGACUUAUGGUUUUCCUGGGAUUAACAGGUUCCCAGGUGAAAAAGGUGCCAUUGGUCUGCAAGGCCUAGACAUUUUUACCAAUGUCGAUGGUGUUGUGAUCUCAGUACCAGGUUAUCUUGUAGACACUAGUGUGCCAGGCCUCCUAGGCCUUAGAAGAGAUGAAGGCAUCCAAGGCCAGUGUGGCCCUAUAGGCACUCCUGGCCUGUUUUCCAGAUGCCUAGGGCCUCAGGGAUUUCCAGGUCCAAAAGGAGACCAAGGAAACCCAGGACACACUACCUUUGGGGAAGCUGGCCUCCCUGGCAAAAUUGGUUUGCCAGGUUUACCAGGCCUGCCAGGUCCAACAGGCCCACCAGGUCUCACAUUUGAGAUUGGACCCCUGCCUAUCAUACAGCCUUGGUUGCCUGGUCUUGGAGGACAAUGAGGUCCAAAAGGACAUCAAGGCUUCAAAGGAGUAAAAGGAGACUCUGGUUUUCAUGCUUGUGAAGGUGGUACUCUAAACACUGGACCACACAGAGAACCAGGCCUGCCUGGGACACAAGUGCCCAUAGGUCUGCCAGGUAUUAAAGGGACUAGAGGAGAUCCAUGCUGUAGGGGUUCAUCUGGCCCAGCAGGGGCUCCAGGGUUCUUUUGACCUAGAGGUCAGACAGGCCUCAAAGGAAAGAAAGGGGAACCAAUUGUCAGUAAAUGAUUAAAAAUGCCAGGAGACAAAGGGUACUCUGGUCCUCAGGGGACCCCAGGUAUGGCAGGAGCUCCAGGGAAGGAUGGAAUACCAGGUUUACCAGGUCUCCCAAGCAUUCAGGAGAUAGUGGGUGUAAAAUUCCCAGGUGAAAGGGGGUUACUAAGACUUCCUGUUUAAAAGGGCCAUGAUGGUCCAACUGGAUUACCAGGAAGUGGGCUGCCAGAACUUCCUGGUCCUCAUGGACUUCCUGGAGAUAAAGGAAUAGUUGGGUUACCAGGACAACAAGGCCUCCGUGGAACUAAAGGAGUUACCUUACCUUGUAUUACCCUUGGGUCAUAUGGUCCAUCAGGAUUUCCUGGAGCUCCUGGAUUCCCAGGUUCUAAAGGAGUUCAGGUCCUCUCUGGAGUUCCAGGCAAUCCUGGCACUUUUGGAAGUAGGCCCAGAAGUCCAGGGAUAAUUAAUCUCUCAAGAUUGCCAGGAUACCCUGGAGCUCAUGUGGAGAAAGGAUUAUUUGGGUUUUCUGGGCUUCCGGGAAAAGAUGGCUUCCCUGGAAAGGCUGACAGUCCAGGGUUACUAUGUUCCCUGGUGACAGCCCCUGGUGACACCUUUGGUGCCAAAAAUGGUGCUCCAGAGGAGCAAGGCCUACAAGGAUUGCCAGGGGACAAAGGAUUUCCUGGAGACUCUGGCCUUCUAGGACCCAAGGGUUUGAGUGGGAAAUCCAGCAUGAUAGGUCCCAAAGGUGAAAGGGGCAACCCUGGAACAUCAGGACCACCGGGACAGCCAGGAACCUCAGGGUCUAGUGAUCCAUUUGGCAACAAGGGCACAUCUGGACUCCCAGGAGCACCAGGCCUUCCGGGCAUUUCAGGACACCCUGGAAAGAAUGGUCAAAAAGGAGACACAGGUCACCCUGGGUCAAUUGGAAAGUAAGGUCUACCUGGGAUUAAAGGCCUUCCUGGCUCUCCAGGGUCAGCUGGCUUUCUGGGGAUCCCAGGUUUACCAGGAGUCACUAGGUUUCUAGGCAUCCCAGACCAAAAGGGUAAAGUGAAAAAGGGUGGACCAGUAGGGUUUCCUGGGUUACCUGGUCUUCCUGGAGUUGAUGGAUUAAGGAGAUUUUCUAUGUCAUUUGGAAUGGUGGAAAAACUUGGACAAUCUUGUAAUCUGGGAGAAAAAGGAGAAAGAGGGGGCUCAGGACCAAUUGGCGUAGCCAGUCCAGGACCGCCAAUGCUGAAACUUCGGUUCAAAGGAGAAAAAGGCUCUCGAGGUUCUGCUGCCACAGAUGGAUUUCCUGGGCCAAGAGGUGACAAAGUAGAGCUUGGCACCCCAGGGUUACCAGGCCUACCUGGAGCUUCUGGACAGUCCAAUACCAUCAAAGGACUUGGGGGAAGGCCAGGUUACCCUGGAUCUGUGGGAAGAAGGGGAUUACCUUGCCUAAAGGGGUCCUUGGGGCUGACAGGUUUUCCGGGAAUACCAGGAAUAAGGUGUUCACAGGGGCGCAUUGGUAAUUCUGGCCCCCUUGGAGCAAGUGGUAUCCCAGGUUUUAGAGGAGAUCAAGUCCAAACACUUGGUAUUUCUGGAAUCCCAGGACCCAAGGGAUAUCCUGGAGAAUUCAGUUUUAAAGGGGUAAAGGGGAAAGAUGGACUAAUUGGCGAAAGAGGUUACCCAGGAAAAAAAGGUGAAGAUGGAAGAGUUGCUACUGCUGGAGAUCCUGGCCUUCCUGUCUCCCCAGGACUUCAAGGGAUUUCAGGUAUGAAUGGAGACCCUGGCUUCCCAAGUUCCUCUAGCCAUCUGGGGUUUAUUGGACUCCCUGGACCCCCUGUCUUAAUAGGAUCUAAAGGAUUCUGUGGACUUCCUGGUUUACAUGGACUUCCAGGAAUCAAGGGCACCCAUGGUACUCCAGGAGCCAGUAUCACUGGUGUUCCUGGGCCUGCUGGCCUGCCUGGUCCCAAAGGGGAAAGGGGAAUGCCAGGAAUUGUCACUGGAGAUCCAGGGAAAAAAGGCUCAAGGGGACAGAAAGGUGACCGAGGUUUCCCAGAACUCCAAGGUCCUGCUCCCCCCCCCCGAGCUCCAGGCAUCCACUUGUCCUCAGACAGAGCAGGACAGCCUGGUGACCGAGGGCGGCCAGGCCUAGAUGGAAAACGAGGCUGCCCAGGCCUGCCAGGCCCUCCAGGUCUCCCUAGGUCAUCCUCAGAUCAAAGCAACCCUGGAGACCCUAGCUUCCCUGGAAUUCCAGGCCUUCAAGGGCUCAAGGGAAACUACAAACCUGUAGGUUUCUUUGGCCUUUCUGGAGAUCUAAGACUGAAAGGCAUGAGAGGGGAGCCUGACCUCAUGGGGACUCCUGACAAGGUUGGGCCACCAGGAGUUUUGGGAUUUCCUGGGAUGAAGGGCCAAAAAAGCUACCAAGACACUAAGAAGGAGAUGGGGAAAGAAGGCUUUUCUGGCCCCCAAGGUGCUCCAGGACACUCACCAAUUGCCAAAGCUGUCCAGAUUCCUCCAGGACCUUUGUGUAGGCUAGAUAUUGAUGGUAUCCCUGGCUUCACAGGAGACCCUGGAUCUCAAGGCUAUAUGGGUCUGCAGGGUUCCAAGGGUCUAACUGGAAUCCCUGGCAAGGAUGGCCCUAGUGGGAUUCCAGGCCCACCAGGAAUCCUUGAUAAUCCUUGUCUCCAUGGGCUACAAGGACCUCCAGGAUUUGAAGGAGCUCCGGGAAAGCAAGGCUCCUUUGGUACCUUGCUUAGAAUGCAUGGGCAAAAUGUCAGAGUGGGUUAUACACUGGUAAAACACAGUCAGUCUGAACAAGUUCCACUGUGCCCCAUUGGAAUAAGCCAGCUGUGGGUGGGUUACAACUUGCUGUUCAUGGAGGGGCAGGAGAAAGCCCAUAACCAGGAUCUAGGAUUUGCUGGCUCCUGCCUGCCCAGAUUCAGCACCAUGCCCUUCAUCUACUGAAACAUCAAUGAAGUGUACCACUAUGCCAGAAGCAAUGAUAAAUCCUACUGGCUGUCCACAAAUGCCCCCAUUCCAAUGAUGCCUGUGGGCCAGACCCAGAUUCUCCAGUACAUCAGCCACUGCUCUGUAUAUGAGACACCUUCAAAAGCCAUUGCUGUGCACAGCCAGGACAUCACCAUCCCACAGUGCCCUCUGGGCUGGCAAAGCCUCUGGAUCAGUUAUUUAUUCCUCAUGCACACCUCUGCUGGGGCCAAGGGUGGAAGCCAGUCCCUAGUCUCCCCUGGUUCCUGCCUUGAAGACUUUCAAGAUACGCCUUUUGUGGAGUGUGGCAGUGCCUGUGGUAUGAGCCACUACUUUGCCAACAAGUACAGUUUUUGGCUGACAAUGGUGGAGGAGCGAUGGCAAUUUCAGAAAGAGCCAAUGUCUGAGACACUGAAAACUGGGCAGCUCCACUGAAAAAGCCAUCAUGCAGCCGCUGACCUCCCUACCCACCUCACAACACUUACCUCACAAGUGUGGGCAGUCUGCAAAAGGAAGGCCUCACCGCAUUUGCCUGUCAAGUUUUAUGUUGGAGUCUCAUCUGGACUGGACUACUGCACAUUAGUUAUCCCAACCCUCAGGCCCAACAGAGAGAA